CGGGCCAUGAAUAUGGCCUUCACUGAGUUCGUUAACAAAACCCGUCUAACCCAGCCCCUGAUCAAUUUCUGCGUGAUUGUGUACAUGGAUGAUAUUUUGGUUUUUUCAAAAACACACGAGUACCACGUGGAACAUAUUGAGUGGGUUUUGCAUGCACUGAAAGAUGCGGGGUUCAAAGUGGCCUUGGAGAAAAGCGAGUUCUUAUUGUCAGAGAUCUCAUUCUUGGGGUACAUCGUCACGGUCGAUGGACUAAAACCGGAUCCGAGGAAGGUGGCAACACUUCAAGACGCCCCGACGCCGGUCACACUCACCCAGGUUCGGGCUUUUCUAGGGCUGACAUCCUAUUACCGACGCUUCAUCAAGGGGUUCGCCGGCAUAGCGAAGCCCCUCACGAACCUGCUGAAGAAAGAGGAACAGCUGAUCUGGACGCCGGAAUGCGAAGCGGCAUUGAAGGAGUUGAAGGAGGCUCUGACACCUGUGUUGGCGCGCCCCGACCCGACAAGACCGUUCGCACUGUACACAGACUGGCAGCCUCAGGCGAUAUCGGCGGUGCUGACUCAGCACGGCAAGGACGGAAGGAAUCACGUCAUUGAGUAUGCGUCCAAGACGCUGAGCCAGGCACAGGCUAAUUACGAAGCAUGCAAAGGCGAAUGCUUGGCGGUGGUGUGGGGGAUUCAACACUUUCGACCGUAUCUGUACGACCAGAAAUUCGUGCUGGUAACGGAUCAUCAGCCGCUGCUGUCCCUACGCAACAACACGGACUACACGGGGACGCUGGGCAGGUGGGCGGUGCGUCUGCAAGACUAUGACUUCGACAUCCACCACCGUGUCACGCGACAGCAUGGUAACGCUGAUGGAUUAACGUGCCUUCUGCCGCCCAACAAGUGUCUCACCAACGAGCGACUCAUUCCGUGGAGGCCAGAAGUCGCGGCGACAAAACCGCACUACGGGGAGCUACACGUGCUGCGUAAGGUCGAUGGCGACGGAGAGUCUAGCUGGUUGACGGUUCCACACCCUCUUGCUAGGUUCAAUUGGACACGAGCCGCUCAUGAGGAGGAUGCGGUCCAUUUUGCAGUCAAGUACACGAAAAAAGUCAUCGAAAAGAACGGAUGGUACUGGUCGGGAAUUCGGGAAGAUGUGAAAUACAUCGUUCAGAAUUGCCCGGCCUGCGCUGCGAACAAGGCGCCGGUACAGAUGCCUCGGACAAUGGUGCCCACUCGUGUAGAGCGCCCCUUUCAGAGGGUUAGCAUCGAUACGACAGAUAUCAACGUUCCGAGAGGGCCCGUCGAUCAGAGAGAACUCAAUGUUCUUUUAGUGGCCGUCGAUCAUUUUUCAAAAUGGAUCGAGGCGUACCCUAUGACCAGCCGGAAUUCGCAGGAAGUAGCCUGGUCUCGUCAACUGAUUUGCUUUGAUCUUCCUCUCGAGUCACCCGUCUCACAGUCAUGAACGUCGUACUUCCCAGGCUAUAUGCCUGGCGCGCGUCAGGAUAAAGUGCGCUAUAUUCU